AUGGAUAAAUUGCAGAAGAAUUUACGGGGCCUUGAUGCUGCAGCAACAGAGCUCAGCACACUCCUUCGCCGGGAAGGCAUUCGCCAUGCUUUCAUUGGAGGAUAUGCGACCAGUCUGAUUUCUGCAAUGCGGAUCACGCAAGAUAUCGAUGUCAUCGUUGACGCCGAUCCCCGGACAAUCCAGAACCUUCUUCUGCAGGAUCCUAUAUUCCAGAUCCAAGAAAGAAGAAGAGAAGCGGACCCAGUGAAGUGCGAUAUCAUACGCGGGGGAGAUAACGAGCACAUGCGGCUGCCUUCUGCAGCUUCUGUGAAGAUAAUGAGCAUGCCUCCUCAUACGCGUCUUCCAAUACUCAGUGAGUUACCUAUCGUUCAUCCUUCGAUUCUUUUUCUGACAAAGGUCAAGCGAUGGGCCAUAUACAGGACUUCUCACAGACCCGAGUCCAAGAGGAAAUUUAAAACCGACGCCGAAGAUAUUGUGGUUCUUCUCAAGUGGCUUCGAGAUUCGGGGAUGCAUAUCGACUUUGCCGGCUACCCGGAGAGACCAAAGGAGCUCACUCUGCAGAACGUUUGUGACCUGUACAGACACAGCGAAUCCUCCGAGAUGUGUCAGCUGCUCGAGGCGAAUCUGAAGCCUGAGGAUCUUGCAGCUGUACAGAACUACAACGGAGCAGAAUCUCCCUCUUUCUGA